CAUUGAUCGUUGAUCCUAAAAGCCCGUUUGAAUUCGGCUGCAGCCGCUCUCCGUCCAUCGACAGGCUUCCGCCUAGAAGACGCUCGCUGUUCGGUUCGAACGAGGGCUGAGAAGUUAUUCGUCGCGCGUGUUCCUGACUGAACGGAUUAUUAUGGAUUUACUCCGAUGUGCUAAAUGCAAAAUGAGGUUCGACUCUUCGUCUCUCCUGGAGAAACAUAAAGAGAAGUUCUGCAUUGGAGGAGACUUUGGGAAAACACACCUGAUUGAGAGAAACAGGGACUACAGGACAAGGCAACAGGAGAGGAGCCAGCAGCAGCAAGAAAGCCAGGAGAAGAAGGUCAUGCUGGACAUACAGGGUCCUGAGACAAAAGCCCGGGACAAGUCCAAAGACCCAGAACCAAACCUGGACCUGAAUCCGGUUCAAGUCAGGAAACCAAAUGGCAAACCACUUGGGUACAGGACCAAUGGCCCAAGGACACAUGACCAGGAGAGCAGGAUGAGAAACCUCGCCGAGCUUCAUGAGAAACACAUUCUGGACUUGGAAACUGAAAACAGGCAGCUUGAAGAACGAAGAAGAGAAAUUGACCUACAACUGCAGGAACUGGCUGCCCAGUCGAAGGGCUUCUCUAAGGUUGAGGAGAUGCUGCUUGUGCUGCAGACGCAGGAGCAGAGGAACGCCCUCUUGCUGGAGUCCCUCAUGGAGCAGCUGCAGCGUGUACAGAUGGGAUCCAUAAAGGACAACACACAAAGCAGACAUAGUGACUCCCAUCAGUAUUCUGCGAAAAAGAAGGAGAAAGAAUUGAUGCCCUCACACACCUACAUCCCGCUCAAUGGAAAGGGGACACUCUCCUCAGAAAUCAGUGCCCUACGGCUGUCAUACCUGCAGAGAGGGGGAAAUGACCACCUAAUUCUGGCACAGCUGGAGGACUUGCUGACUGAAGCCUUGGAGGUGGAAAUGCAUCGUGACAAGCAACAUCGUUCAAACCAUCAUCACAGGGACACAAGUAAAUGUGGGAAGGACAGAGGAAAGAUCCGGCUGAAAAGGGACCUUCUUGCUGCAGAGUUGGAGAACAGGCAACUUGAGGAGGAGAUCAUGAAAAUUCAGCUGGGGAAGUGGAGGAAUUCGCGUCUCUCCAGGCUGACCUACAAUGUCCAUUUUCUUUUUGUCGAUUUCUUCUGCUCAGGUCAAUCCAGUGAGCCUAAGAUGAAACCCUUCAGAACAGACCUUGAACUGUUGCAGCAAGAAAUGGAGAUUAAUCAUUUAAGACAGCAGAGGAAGGCAAAAAUAGUGCCCCCACCUCUGUCCAUGCUUCCUCCACUGGAGGAUGUUAGAUUCCAUACUCCAACUGUUGGGAAGCAUUUAAUGAGGUUGUCAGAUGAUCUGGGACCUGCACCGUAUGAUCCAGUAGCAGGCUUUGUGGUGUUCUACGAUUUCUUGCUGGGCCUCCCGCUUUUGUAUGGAGUUUGUCGUCUUGUGGUGAGGCUCUACACUGGGGAACAGGAGAUGGGCAGCCCCACACCACUCCCUAUGGUCUACUGUGAGCCAGCCAGCUGGUCACAAAGUGUUUCCAAGCACAGAAGAGGGAACUUGGUCACCUUUGCAACAAAGCAGGCUGUGCCCAGGGUCCUUCCUUCUCCUGCUGUCUCCCUGGUACUCGAGCUACAGGCCUCAGAAGGAUAUGACCGAUUUGGAGAGGAAGUGAAACAUCUGGUGUCCAGAGGUUGGGUGAAGCUGGAUCUCUUUGAUAGUCACAACCGUGUCAUCACUGGGAAGUGGAAGGUUCCAGUUCGUGCUCCUCCAAUCAGACCUUCCAUGACCACGGGGGAACUCAACACUGUCCCUCAGUUGGACAGUGCUGAGCUGUACCUGAGGAUUGUGAAUUCCCGGGAUGCAGAGGUUCAGAGCUCCAUUCCCAUCAGCCACAGCAACGCAUGGCUCUACAAGUACCCUCCCCCAGUCUCCAUCAGGAAUCAACUGGCAUCUGGGGACUCUGUUCAAUCAUCUCGCUUCUCCCAAAUCCCACAUACCAACCCUCAGUUUCCAGCAUAUUUUGAGAGUGUGGACCAUUCUGCUCCCUCUAGGGCACCAAGGGAGCAGGAGUGACAUCUGCCAGACCCAUGGAACCAAACCCUAAUUUUUUACCUUCAACUUUAAC